CUGGUUAUGACGAAAGAGUUUGCAGCAGCUUCACUUUUGUUUACAUUGCAGAGAGUCAUUAAUUUAAUUUGUAAAAGCAGUUAAUAACUGUGAUUGUGUAAUUUAAUUAAGUAUGAACAAGUGACAAUGUUAUGAAUGUACUGAAACCUAAAAUAAGACAGUCAUCAAAUGACGUACUGUCGAUUUUUUAUUCUUAUCUGCUCUGAACGAAAAGAAAAUCAGGGUUUAUAUGCCCGGUAAUUUUCACUUAGCCGGCAAAUAAUGAUUAACCACGUUUUUUUAUCUCCAGCCACUACGUUCAAACUAAGCUACGUUGCAUUUCGCGCUGAAUGAGAAGCUUGCAAAAGAAUCUAGUUUUACAACAUAAUUAACUAUGAAUAUUUUAUAUAAUUUCUCAACAUUUUUACUGUAUUUUUUACAUACUUGUCAAUCAACAUUCGGGAAUGACGAUGAUGACCAUUCUCCGGAAGAAGAACUGUAUGGAGUAAAAUACGCUGGAGAUUGCGAAGUUUGCAAAUACCUUGUAAUUGAGCUUGAAAGCCGAUUAUCUGAGACGGGAAAAACACAUGAUGUUAUUGAAAUUGGAUAUGAAUUAGAUCCUGCUGCCAGAAAGAAAAAGAAAUAUGCUCAUUCGGAGCUUCGAUUGGUUGAAUCUUUAGAUGGAAUUUGUGAAAGAUUGCUUGAUUACAAUAUUCAUAAAGAGAGAAAAGAUAGCACUAGAUUUGCAAAAGGCAUGAGCACUACUUUUAAAGUUUUACAUGAUUUAGUGUAAGUAUACAGAAUUUUA